CAUUCGAAAACAUCAACCGCGUGUUCGUGCUGCCUGGUGAAGGAGUUGAUUUUAAUUUCCACAAAAUAACUCGGAAUAGUUGAAACGUUAAGAGUUAAAAUGAAAGUCAAGCAACAGACCAACAAAACCAAGCCCGAUGGCAAAAAAAUGAAAGUUAAAAAAACCAAACUAAAGGAAAAGGCCGCUAAAAAACGCAAGCUCGAAGAUUUGGAUGCCUCGUCUGAGGAUGAAGGGAUUCACCUGAAAGAAAGCAGGAUUUCCGAUGAACCUGUCCCGAAGAAGUCUAAGUGGGUGAACAAACAACGUGUGUUGGUGCUUUGUGCCCGAGGAAUAAAUCAUCGAGAUCGGCAUCUCAUGAAAGAUUUGAAAACAUUGAUGCCGCAUCAUCGCAGCGAACCGAAGAUGGAACGCUGGAAGACCCUGUCGGUCGUGAACGAAAUGUGCGAAAUGAAACAUUGCAACAAGGUGGUUCUAUUCGAGGGACGUCGAAAACGAGAUCUGUACAUGUGGUUGGCCAAUGCAGAGAAAGGUCCAUCGGUGAAGUUUCUUAUCGAGAACAUCCAUACCAUGGGAGAGAUGAAAUUGACCGGAAAUUGCUUACGUGGGUCUCGGCCGAUUUUAUCCUUCGAUCAGGAGUUCACCAAACAACCACAUCUGGCAUUGAUCAAGGAGCUGUUGACGCAGAUUUUCGGUGUUCCGAAUCACCACCCAAAAAGUCAACCAUUCGUGGAUCGAGUAAUCAGUUUCACCUAUUUGGACAAUCGCAUCUGGUAUCGGCAUUUCCAAAUUCUCUCGGAGGAUGGGGGGCUGGCCGAGGUUGGACCACGAUUCGUGAUGAAUCCCAUCAAGAUAUUUGAUGGAGCUUUCAGCGGGGAUCCUAUUUGGGAAAAUGAUAACUAUCAGAGCCCAGCCAAGCAUAGACAAAUGCUGAAGAAAGCAGCCAAGGAUACAUAUCUGCACAAGCAGAGGCAAAAGAUUGAUCAGGAAGUCGAAGCACCGACAGUAACUCAUGAUUUCGACAAGUACGCUGAUGUUUUCCAGAAUGGUGACGAGGAGGAAAAGGCCAAGGAGCUGCUGAAGAAGGAAGAACAGGAGAAGGCCGCCGAAGAAGAGCGCGCUGCUAUCGAGGAGCAGCAUGAGCGAAUGAAGAAGAAGGAAGAAAUGAAGAAACUUAAAAAAUUGGCCCAAUCCAAAAAGAGCGGAAAAGUAAUGAAAAAUGGGAAGAAGAACUUGAAGAUUAAAAAGACGAAAGUUAAAGCUAAAGUUGAUGUAGAUGACAGUGAUUGAAACGCUUUACAGUUGUAUUUGGUUUUAUUUUCAAGAAAAUAUAAUUUUUUAGUAACUAUCAACAAAAGAGUGCAUU